AUGCCGAAGCCCCGCGAACCCCGCCUCCCCUCCGCGCGCCGUCUCGCGCCCCCCAGCUCCGCCAACCCCGCUCCUCCGCCGCUCCCCCGAUGCCAUUCCCGCGGCUUGCGCAAUCUCCCUCGCGGCCUGCGCAGUCUCCCCCUCCCCCUGCUGCUGCUCGUCGCGCUGCUCCGCCUCGCGCCCGUCGCCGCGGGUCUCCUGCGCCUCAAGUCGCCACAGCAGCUCGGCUACUCCUUCGCCUCCACUGACGCCGACUUCGGCCCCGUCAUCCCGUUCAGCGGCCUCUGGGGACGGCUGUAUCCGACGCUACCCGCCAACGCAUGCCAGCCAAUUCAGAACCGCGUGCCGCCCGGCACCGUCCAGUUCGCGCUGAUCGCGCGCGGAGACUGCUCCUUCGGGCGGAAGGUGCAGAACGCGCAAUUUGCGGGCUUUGCUGCGGCCGUCGUGUACAAUAACGAAUCCAACCAAGUCCUCGCUAUAAUGACGGAGAAUCAGCGCAUGGGCAUAACAAUCCCCUCCGCCUUCAUCUCGCUAGAAGACGCAUCCACCAUUCUCUCGGUCAUACAGCCCUACCCUGAGUCCAUAGCCAUCCUCUACCCCGCACAGCCCUACUACACCACCUCUGCCUACUCCUGGUCCUUUAUCAUCUGGAUCUCCUCCCUCCUUGCCAUAGGCAUAAUGCUCCUCGCGUUUCUCUGCGUCUGCCGGUAUAGGAUUCGGAAUGCGGUGGCGGGAGCGGCGGCAGAGGCGGGGGUUAGUCCGGCUUUUCUGCCCAUUCAGCUGACCGCUUCGCCGGCGAAAAUGACUUUGGAGGAGGUUAUGGCGCUGCCCGAGAAAACUUUUCUGGGGCUGCCGAGUCUCAAACGGGCAGAUGCUGGAAAGAAGGACGGCAGCAGCAGCAAGGGGGAUGGUGGUGAAGGGGUUGAAAAGGAGGAGGCUGACAGGAAGGAAGAGGCUGAAAAAGCAGAUGGGAGUAGUCAGGAGAAACUCAAGGGGAAGCAUCAGGCAGAUAUUGUGAUAAAAACGGAAGGGCGGAGGCCCUCGUGUGACUAUAUCCAACGGGGAGACGUGGAUUUGGGUGGCUUUCCUGGUGUGGAGCUGAGUCGGCAGAGCAGUGUGCGAAGCAGAGUGUCUUUCCGCAGUGCAGAGGGAGAGGAGGAGGAAGGGGAUGGGGAGGAGGAGGUGAUUUACAGAAGCACGUGGGAGACAUGUGCGAUUUGCCUGGAGGACUAUGAGUGUGGGGACCGGCUGAGAGUCCUGCCAUGCAGUCACGAGUUCCACACCGAGUGCGUGGACGAGUGGCUUACAACCCGACAGCCCUUCUGCCCUGUCUGCAAGCGCAUCGCUCGAACCCCGAAGAAAACACCCGAAGCAGAGGCAACCGCCUUAUCUGCCUCCUCGUCAUCAUCCUCGUCGACAAAUGAUUUGGAGAUGGCAAGUGAUAUCCAGCUCUUUGUCGCGGCUUACGCUGCAUUCCCUCAGCACCGCACGAUAAUUGUCGCGGUUAGUGCUGUCGGAAGCCUGGUGCGCGGCGGUAAGAAGAAGGGAAAGGCUGUGCGACAUAAGUCGUUUGUCGCCGGCGACCCCGACCGUGGCGUGAAGCUUGAAUGGAGCGACAUCACGUGCCAGCUCCUUGAUAAGAAGGGAGAAGAGGUGAAGAAGCUGUUGGACGGGCUGAAUGGCAGCGCGAGGUCCGGUCGCCUGCUGGCGAUCAUGGGACCGUCGGGGUCCGGCAAGACGACGCUGCUCAACACCCUGGCCGGCCAGCUGCCUAAGAGCAGCAAGAUCGCGCUCUACGGAUCCAUCCGCGCUAAUGGCAUCCCCAUCGCGGACUCAUGGCACAAGCAGGUGUACGUCCGGCAGGAGGACAUUUUCUUCUCACAGCUGACGGUGCGGGAGACGCUGGUGACGGCCGCGAAGCUGCAGCUGCCGUCGUCCAUGUCGGACGCGGAGAAGGAGCAGCACGUGGAGGAGCUGCUGCAGCACCUGGGGCUGGUGAACGCGGCGGGCACAAUAGUGGGCGACAACAAGACGCGCGGCAUCAGCGGGGGCGAGAAGAAGCGGCUGUCCAUCGCGUGCGAGCUGCUGGGCAACCCGUCCGUGGUGUUUGCAGACGAGCCCACCACGGGGCUGGACGCGUACCAGGCGGAGAAGGUCAUGCAGACGCUGAAAGACCUUGCUACGGAGGGCCGCACCGUCAUCUGCAGUAUCCAUCAGCCACGUGGCAGCGUGUUUGACAUGUUUGAUGACAUCAUGGUGGUUGCGGGCGGCAAGCUUGUCUACUCGGGGCCGGCAGGGGACGCGUGUCUUGAGUACUUCAAGGACCAGGGCCACGAGUGUCCACUGCACUCCAACCCAGCAGAGUUCCUCUCAGACCUGGUCGGCACGGACCACUCCUCUCCCGACACCGAGGCGCAGUCCGCCGCCCGCAUCAACCGCCUCAUCCAAGCCUUCGCCGCCCACUCCGCCGCCCAAACCGGCAGCAGCGCCGCCCUGGCAGUCUCCUCCGCCCUCCAGUCCAGCCUAGGAGAUGACGACGAGGAGGGGGAGGCGGGACAGGAGCCGAAGCGGAAGCUUGGGCUGACAGCAGCCAAGGCAGAUGCAGACGGGGUGGGCUUCUGGCAGCAGUUCCGUAUCCUCUUAGUCCGAGCGUGGCGCCAAACCACUCGCGACCGCGCCACCAACGUGGUCCGAGCCAUGAUGAACCUCACCUCAGCAGCCAUUUUCGGGUCCAUCUUCUGGCGCAUGGGCUUCGGGCAAACCACCAUCCAGGACCGCAUGGGACUCCUCCAAGUUGCGGCGAUCAACACAGCCAUGGCUUCCAUCACCAAGACGCUGAAUGUGUUCCCGAAAGAGCGGCAGAUAGUGGAGAGGGAGAGGGCCAAGGGGGCGUAUGCGGUGGGGCCGUAUUUUCUGUCCAAGCUGGUCGCUGAGCUGCCGGUGACGGCGUUUUUCCCCGCGCUGUUCUCGCUGGUGUGCUACCCGAUGACCGGUCUGCACCGCACUAUUCCCAGGUUCCUCAAGUUCAUGGGAGCCACAACGGUCGAGUCCUUCACAUCGUCAGCCAUGGGGCUCACAGUGGGGUGCAUCGCCCCCACCACCGAAGCAGCCAUGGCGCUCGGCCCCUCCAUCAUGACUUCUUCAUUGUCUUCGGAGGGAGGGUACUACGUCAACCCCGACAACACGCCAGUUAUCUUCCGCUGGAUCCCCAACACCUCCCUCAUCCGCUGGGGCUUUGAGGCACUGUGUGUGAACGAGUUUGACGGGCUCACAUUCGAGGCCAGCAAGCCCACACACCUUCUCAUCCCCCUCUCUCCUUCCCACCCCCUUACCUUCCCACGCCCUUCCCUCCUCACCAGGGGAUUCGAGGCGCUGUGUGUGAACGAGUUUGACGGGCUCACAUUCGAGGCGACCAAGCCCACGGAUCUGAGCACGGGCAAGCAAGUGCUGGAGCGCCUCUCCUUCUCCGAUAGCUCCGUGGCCAAAUCCGUGCGCAAGGAGGUGCAGAUCAUGCUCGGCUGGGGCUUUGAGGCACUGUGUGUGAACGAGUUCGACGGGCUCACAUUCGAGGCGACCAAGCCGACAGACCUGAGCACGGGCAAGCAGGUGCUGGAGCGCCUCUCCUUCUCCGAUAGCUCCGUGGCAAAAUCCGUGCGCAAGGAGGUGCAGAUCAUGCUCGGCUGGUACUGGGCGUCUGCUUACCUGCUCCGGAAAAAGACCCCCGAGUUUACCAAGCUGCUGCCGGUGUCUAAGCUGCAGGGGGAGGUGGUGGGUGGGUCCGGUGGGGGCGUUGAGGAGGGGGCGAGUGUGAAGAGCAGUGUGGUUAUAGAGGAGGUGGUUGAAGCGAAGGAGGAGAGUGUGGUGGCGACGGAAGAGGUGACAGCAACGACAGUUACCACCACCAGCAGCACCACCACUACCAGCACCACAGUCACCACUGCUGCUACCACCGCUGCUACCGCUGUUGUUACUGAGUCGGCCAGUGUGGAGGUUGAAACCACUGAAGAGGAAUUUGUGGAGGCUGAAUCGUAG